CCGCAGUCUCUGGUCAUCCCCUGUGCUGUGUCCGCAGUCUCUGGUCAUCCCCUGUGCUGUGUCCGCAGUCUCUGGUCAUCCCCUGUGCUGUGUCCGCAGUCUCUGGUCAUCCCCUGUGCUGUGUCCGCAGUCUCUGGUCAUCCCCUGUGCUGUGUCCGCAGUCUCUGGUCAUCUCCUGUGCUGUGUCCGCAGUCUCUGGUCAUCUCCUGUGCUGUGUCCGCAGUCUCUGGUCAUCUCCUGUGCUGUGUCCGCAGUCUCUGGUCAUCUCCUGUACGAAAAAAAUUGUUUUUUUUUUUUUUU